AUGUGCACCCGACAGGGCCCAGGCAACGGCUGCAACUUUUUACUCUUACCAGUGUGCAACUGCUUAACGAUGUUUUCAGGUCCAUUAAGAUGCCUUCACAAGUUAUCGCGGAGACACUUAUCUUCUCAGACUCUUGAUGACUGGAUUGCAUCCCCUAAACAUGCCAUAAUGCUGGAUACGCUUCAUCCCGAACGCCUAACCGAUAUGUACAUAACUCUACCCACUCGGGAUGGUGUUCAAAGGCAGCCAUUCCUGUGGCCGAGAAGGUCACAACCCCUGGGAUACGGUCACCAUAUGGCUUUUUUCCACAAGCAUGUCCCAGAGUCUCUUCUCCGCCCCGAUGCUACCGAUGGCGACUUUGGCCCUCCGGAGCCAUUUACAAGAAGGAUGUGGGCAGGAGGCAGAAUGACUUGGAAUCAGGAAACGCCACUUCUCAUUGGCGAGAAAGUAGAAGCAACUUCGUGGGUGAAUUCAGUGGAGAAGAAGGGGUUCGAGAAAGGGAACCCAAUGGUAUUUGUGAACAACAAGAUCGAAUAUUUGAUGAUUGGGAGGGCUGAUCCUUCUCUUGUUGAGGAAAGAACCCAUGUAUAUCUUUGUGGUCCACAAGAGAAGAGUGGUCCUCGGGAAGUUAAAGGAAUACCCACCACAAAGGACUUUUCGUUUAAGUAUAAGCCGACCUUGACCACUCUCUUUCGGUUCUCUGCGAUUACGUGGAACGCUCAUCACAUUCAUUUGGACAAGGAAUACGCUGUGGGCCACGAAGGUUAUCCAGAACGUCUUGUCCACGGACCUCUGACAGCCCUCAUGCUCCUUGAAACUCUUGUCUAUCACUUUCCUCGUGCUCAGCUAAUGGAGUUUAACUAUCGUGCUCGAAACCCUCUAAUAGUCGGUCGCCCGCUUGUAAUAAAUGGCCGCCGACUCGACCAGAGUGUAUUCACUCUGUGGUGCGAAGAUGAACUGGAUGGGACCGUUGGGAUGACGGGGCAGGUGCAAGUGCAGUUGCCAUAA